AUGUUGGUGGCAUUGGGGUGCCUGCACUUCGGCCAUGGCUCUAGGAGCUGUGAGAUCGCCUACAUGCUUUGCUCCUCCUUGCUGGCCUUCGUUCUGGGGAAUUCCGCCCCGCCCAAUGUCAAGUCGAUCUUUCACCCGAUCUUCGCGAGUGUCUUCGGCUCGUGGCUGGCCUUGUAUUUGUGGGCCCUGAGCGACGCGACCCGCAGCUUCCACGACGUGCUGGUGACCUACAGCUCCCCCGGAGGAGCAGGGCCUUUGAUGUCAAUGCUGCUGAACCCCUUGGUGGUCGCCUUGGCUUUGCUCCUCUUCGAGCGCCGAAAGCUCCUGAAGAGGGACCGGAAGCUCAUCCUCGGCACCAGCUUGGUGGCGGCCUGCUCCGGUGUCGUGAGCACUGCCGUCAUGGCGCGGCUCUUGCAGCUGCCGGGUGCCUUGGGGCGCCCGAGCAUCGGGCGCUACUGCACGGCGCCGCUGGCGCUGGCCGUGGCCGGGAACCUGGACGCCUCGCCGCCGCUCACGGUGGCCAUGGUGGUGGCUUCAGGCUUCGUGGGCAUCUUCGCAGCGAAGCCGCUGCUGGCACGGCUGAGGGUGAAGCAGAGCCGGGAACGGGGCCUGGCCAUUGGGGCAGUCUCUCACGUGCUUGGGACGGUCUCCUUGGCCUCCUGGGACGAAGCAGCAGUGCCCUACAGCGCUUUAUGCUUCGCGCCUCGGGUCGAAGCGAGCGACAAGGUGAAAGGGUGCGGGGAGGCGGCUGAAGCCGCGUGCCUCCCAGCGACCGAGGUCCUGGCCAGCGGGAGCACCGCUGCUUUGACCGCGCUGCCGCCGGUGCAAGCGCUGCUCCUGUGGAUUUUGCCCGGCGUCCAUGCGACCCGCACGGGGAGACCUGAGGAUCGCUCGAAGCCGCUCUUCGAAGACUUCUUGAAGAAGCGCGGCAUUGAGUUCUGGCCGACGGUGGCCAACUUCAUUUUCUGCUACUUUUCGGAGCCAGUGCGCUUGGAGAGCGCGCUGCGCGAGAGAGGCAUCCUGGUGCGUCCCAAGAAGGACCACAAGGGUGUCUUGGGUCUGCGAGUGAGCUUCGGCACCGAGGCACAGAUGAAAGAGGUCAUCAAGGCCUUGGAGGAGUUGCUGUGA